CGGUACUUGAAGAUAAUUUCUGGCACAUCUAUCAAGAUUUUGAGCGUAAUUUCUUAGCAGCUUGCAAAUUCGCGGAAGAUUUUCUGCAUAGUUACUGCUAAAAACUUGCUAGCGAUCAUGGCCUUGAGGUCCUCGGCUCAAUUGAAAUAUUAUUUCAGUCGCUUGAGAACUGGUAGCGGAAAUUCAGGUUUUGCAACAUCAACCAUUCCCAAAAUGAAGCCUCAUGCCCCAACAGCUGAUAUUCAUACCCAUGAACAUGCAGACACGAAACUAUGGCCAUUGAAGGCAGAGUUUGUUCCAGUAUACGUGGCACUUGGGUUGAUAGCUAUGUCUACGAGUUUUGGAACAUACACGGCAUUGCAUCAGCUGAAGAGGGCUCCAAAUGUGUAUGUGAAGAAAUCAAGAAGGGAAACCGUUCCAGAGGUGGCGGAGCCGGAGCGGGUGGCGGAGGAUGUCGAUCAGUUCAUCAACAAAUCUUUCUUCAGGAAGGUGGCUCAUGUCCAAGAUUCUGACCGCCAAGACACCGUGCCUAAUCCCAUCGCCGGAGAUGUCUAUGCAUGGAAGCCACAUUUCAAAGCGGCGACAUUGAAAGAUGUUGGAGCGGAACCACCGAAAGAUAAACCACCUAAAGAUGCUUGAGCGUCCUUGAUCCUGCGGGACAUUUGCUACUACUUUUUUGGCUCUCCGUUUCUGUUAACUUGUGGGCCAAUGAGUACUAUUUUGAUACUUCUCCGGGAUGUUUGGUGGAGUACUGCCUUUUUCGAUCAGUUUAUUGGGUCUUUAAUUCCGAACUUACAAGUCAAUGAGUUCUAUUUUGAUGCUCGACUGUAAAUUGUUUUGAAUAACAUGAGCUGAAGGGAUUUUCUUUAGGAUGUAAAUCCACCCUAUUGGUGCUUUUUUUUUUCUUGGGUUUGAAUCAAGGAAAGAGAUCAGAUUAUUCUGUUUUUGAAUAAUUUGUUCGGUCUUAAUCAUAGAGAAGAGAAUAGUAAAAAAGGAGAAUUUUGGUCCAUCAUACAUAUUUUGGUCAAAUUUGAGCACGCUAAUCAUUUUUCAUGUGGUAUGGCAUGGCAUGUCAAUUUCAGAGCUCCGUUCAACGGCAUCCAUCAAGAAGUCAGGGAAUCAAAAAAUUCUUUUUGACUAAUUUUUCACCAAACAAAAAAAAAAUUAAGUAAAAUUGACUUUUGCAUUGUUUUCGCAAAUUGAGCGAUCUUUAUACAACUAGGCCAACUUCUAAAAGAGUAAUCAUCUUACAAUGUAUAGUAAGCAUCACUUUCAUGUCAUGAUACAUAUUAUUUUCCAUAAAAUUCUUCAUGAUAUUAUGACGCCAAACAAUUUUCUAGCACUCACAUAUUAUUAUUUCUUGAAUCUUGACCGAUGAAAAUUACAGUUGGGAUGAUCGCAAAGCAUUUGUUUGGUACCAUUUUUUCAAAAGAUAAAACACACAAUUCACAUUUUAUUCACUUCUGCCUUGUCUGGCUGGUUCCUUGCACUUACUCUCCCACAUCAUCCUUUUAUUUAUGAAUUUUAAUAUGGGUAUAUUAUAUCGUCUGGUUUAUUUAUUUAGUAGGAAACAGGGAAGGAAGGUCCUAACAGACAAGGAAUAUACUGUUUUAUCUUGGUAGACUUGGCUCCUGUCCAAAGUCAACGCUCUCAACAUCACAGGCAUCCAUCGAACAAUCCCUGAUAAAAUACCAGCUUUCCCAUUUGUUUUUUCAGGCAAUAGGCAGCGUUUCUCCUCUAUGAGCAUGGGGUCGACCGGAGGAGAACCAGCAUGGCCUGAAUUGCUAGGAAGCAACGGUUGGGAAGGCCUUCUUGAUCCAUUGGAUGAUAGUCUCAGGGGCCUGAUUCUUCGCUGUGGCGAUUUUUGUCAGGCAACCUAUGAUGCCUUCAACAAUGAUCAGAAUUCCAAGUUCUGCGGCAGCAGCAGGUGCACACAAGGCGAUUUUUCUCCGUUCAUUGUCCCGCGAAUCCUGGGACCGUGAGUCCAAUUGGAUUGGCUACAUUGCUGUCACAACAGAUGAAUACAGCCAAGCUAUAGGCCGAAGGGAAGUUUACAUAGCAUUUCGCGGGACAACAAGAAAUUACGAAUGGAUCAACGUGUUAGGUGCAGGGCUUAAGUCUGCAGAGCCACUCUUACGUCCAAAAGCUUGGAAGAAAAGGGAAGAUGGAAGUGUAAGCACCAGUGAUAGCGAUGGAGAUGAUGAGGAGAAGAUGCCAAAAGUUAUGCAGGGUUGGCUCAAGAUUUAUGUUUCCAGUGAUCCGAAAUCGCCUUUCACAUAUCUAAGUGCCAGAGAACAGCUUCUGGCCAAGAUUGAAGAGCUGAGAAACCUAUAUGAAGGUGAGGAUUUGAGCAUUACUUUUACUGGGCAUAGUCUUGGAGCAAGUUUAUCAAUUUUAGCUGCUUUUGAUCUGGUUGAAAAUGGGCUUCACGACAUCCCUGUGGCAGCAAUUGUUUUUGGUAGUCCGCAGGUGGGAAACAAGACGUUCAAUAACAGAUUGAAGCAAUUUCCAAAUCUUAAAGUCCUCCAUGUCAGGAACAAAAUCGAUUUAAUCCCACACUAUCCGAGCCAUUUGCUGGGGUAUCAUAACUCAGGAAUCGAGCUAGUUAUCGAUACUAGAAAAUCGCCCUUUUUGAAAGACUCGAAAAAUCCUAGUGAUUGGCAUAAUUUGCAGGCAAUGCUACAUGUUGUAGCUGGUUGGAAUGCAGCUCAUGGAGACUUUGAACUGAAGGUAAAGAGGAGCUUGGCUUUAGUAAACAAAUCUUGUGGAUUUUUGAAGGAUGAAUGUUUGGUCCCAGAAAAUUGGUGGAUUGAAAAGAACAAAGGAAUGGUGCUUGAUGAAAAUGGAGGAUGGAUUGUUGCAACACCUGCAGAUGAGGACCUACCGGUCCCUGAACAUUGAUGUAGAAUCCUCAUAAAGAUUAGAUUUGAGUGGCUACUAAUGAAUAUAAUUUGUUCU